GAUAGAGAAAGCUCGACGCAUCUUAAAUAAAAAAGUGUGCUUGAUGGACUGUCGUUGAUUGUUAUGACAUCCAUGUGUAUCGAAGUGGACUGGAUACAAAUCAUUGCCGCAAGCUUUUCUUACAUCAGUCAUGGCAAACGUGUUAGAACUGUUCCACUGUGCAGUGAAAUCUGAAAACUACAAGGAGGACUACUUGGCAGGUACUUCUCUAGCUCUAGCAUCCCAUGAUGCACAAAAAAUUUGUAAGCUCUUUUCCUCCUCUAAUACUUAUUCGCCUUCCCCAUUGGUGUAGUCGAUAGUUGCCCUGCUGCGUUUGUGAAACACAGCAAAGUUGCAACUAACACAGCUUACACAAUAAUUUUUUUGUCCCUACUCCUGGAUUUGAUUCCCGUACUGAUGUUUCCAGACUUUUUUAUUUUAAAAAAAACAAGGUUUUUAGUGUCUGCUGGGUAAAAAAUAUAUAUAGUAUGAAAAAGAUUGAAUUUUAUCUUGCAUCGCUCGAUAAAGACUGCAAGAAGAGGAUGGUAAGCCACUCCUUGUACACGUCAACUCGGUGGCAACUGGGAAGAACAGCCAUGAAUGAGGCAGCGAAAGUCAACUUUCUCUUUUACUCUCAAGUGCUAGAUAAUUUGGUGGGAGUUUAUCCACAGAUUAUUUUUUUAUAUUUUUUAGUUGCCAUUGAUAUUUAAUUGUGUGAGUGCAAGUGGGUGUGUUUAUUGUGUGUAAGGGGGAGAGAGAGAGAGAGGUUUGGUACGAAUCAGAUGGAGGAUAAUGGGGGAAGCGGUGGCCGAGAUGGCAUCGGAGAAGAAGCGGCGGCGGCCCCAAGGGCGGGGGCGCCACCGCGGCCUACCAUAACCCUCCCUCCCCGCUCCUCCUUCGAGAGCCUCUUCCGCGGGGGCGCGUCGGAGCUGAGCCCCGGACCGCUGACGCUGGUGUCGAGUUUCUUCGCCGAGGACCCCGACUCGGAGUGCCGCUCCUUCACUCAGCUUCUUGUCGGCGCGAUUAAUUCUCCGGUGGCGGUGGCGAGGAGGACAGGAGGAGCUACGAAAGAGCAGGGGAAGGAUGCGAAGAAGCUCUCGAGCGAUGGCGAGGAGAGUGGUGGCGGUUUGGUCCGUUCGGGGUACAAUCAGCCACCGAGCCUGGCGAUUAACCACCCGAAGAUUUUCACUGUGCCGCCUGGGUUGAGUCCUACUGACUUGCUCGAUUCUCCUUCUUUCUUUUCUUCUGCCCUGGGUAAUUUUGCAAUGUCCCACCAGGAGGCUCUUGCUCAAGUCACUGCUCAGGCUGCACAAUCUCCAUUUAGUAUGCUGACCAAAGCAGAGCUACCUUCACCUUUCUCAACAGAAAUGACAAAAUUCUCAUCACAACCAAUCCAGGAGAGUCCUCCUAAACCUACAUAUUCUAGUACAAAAUCUGAGGAAGGUUCACAAACUUUUAAUCAAAAAUCUCAACCUAAUACAACUGUUGUUGGCAAACCUUCUCAUGAUGGUUACAAUUGGCGGAAGUAUGGGCAGAAGGUUGUAAAAGGGAGUGAAUAUCCUAGGAGCUAUUACAAAUGCACUCAUCCAAAAUGUCCAGUUAAGAAAAAGGUCGAGCGUUCAGUUGAUGGUCAAGUAACUGAAAUAACAUAUAAGGGCCAACAUAACCAUGAACUCCCUAAACCAAACAAACACACCAAGGAAGGUAAUUCUAGUAGAUUGAAUGAGACUAAUGGGCACAUUGACAAUCUGGAACCAGGUUUUCUUGGUUGUCAUGGUAAUUUCAGCAAACCAAACAGUGAAAACACUGCUCUGUUUUCCAGUAAAGACCGAGAAUCAGGAUAUGGUUCACCAGAACAAUUAUCUGGAUCUAGUGAUGGUGAAGAAGUAAUUGAAAGUAGGCCGGAUGAGGAGGAUGAGGAUGAGUGUGAUCCCAAAAGAAGGAACGUGACAGCAUCUUCUCAAAAGACUUCUAAUGAGCCUAGGAUCAUCGUCCAGACAAGAAGUGAGGUUGAUCUUCUUGAUGAUGGCUACAAAUGGCGCAAAUAUGGGCAAAAAGUAGUAAAAGGAAAUCCUAAUCCAAGGAGCUACUAUAAAUGCACUUAUGCUGGGUGCAGUGUGAGAAAACACAUUGAAAGAUCUCCGACCGACCCCAAGGCUGUAAUUACGUCUUACGAGGGAAAACACAACCACGACAUCCCAGCUGCUAGAAAUAGGAAGCCAUAAACAGUGAUUCCAAAGCUGCUCCCAACCCUGCAUAACAUGUGAAAUCAUCGCGAAAAGCCAAUAUUAUUUCUCCAACUUAAAGAAGCAGAUAAGCAGUAGUAUGAGUCUUUCGCUGGCAAUGCCUUUCAAGUUAGAGCAAAGAUCAUGGAGCAUGAACUGCAUUUUUAGGUGCCACAGAUUUGAAAGAAAGUUCAACAAAGGCGCUUAAACAUUCUCUACUGUAACAUUAUUCAACCCCGUCGUAGUUCUGUAUUUGUUGUUGUGUCAUUAGUGUGCUGGUACAUGUUUGUUGAUUGCAAUUAUCUUAUGUAUUAUUUUUAAAUUGUAGUUAGGCAAUUCACAUUUUCUGUUGUAUAUCAUUUGUGCAACAUAAAAUGAGAAGAAAAAAAAUUGUAAAUGUGUUCCAUUUGUGUCCAAAAUAUGGGCACCAGGAGGAGGAAUGGUAAAUUAUGGAUUUUUUUUAUUUCA